GUUUCGGCGCGUUGUCCGUGACCUUCUGGAACCUGUAGUUUCCACCGAGCUAAUACUAAUGGGGCGGUAGCGGGUUAGUGGCGGAGACGACCGUGAGGAAACGGAGGCCGGGCCACUCGGAGGCUUCGUCCGACGCCCGGUCAGCGAUGGCGCUGCGGGCGCCGUUCUGGAAAUGCUUUCCGGCUUGCAGGAGCCUGGAGUGUGGGUUGGCAGCCCUCUCAACCAGCUCCAAGCCAGCAGUGAAGCCCCACGUGGAGGCUCCAGGAAAUGAAGCUGUCGCCCCAGAGUUCACCAACCGGAACCCCCGCAAUCUGGAGCUCUUAGCUGUAGCGCGGAAAGAACGGGGCUGGGGGACAGUGUGGCCCUCCCGUGAGUUCUGGCACAGGUUGCGUGUUCUAAGGACUCAGCAUCAUGUAGAAGCAAUUGUUGAGCAUCGAAGUGGCCAGACUGUCGUUUCGGCAUCCACUCGUGAGUGGGCGAUUAAAAAGCAGCUAUACAGUACCAGAGACAAGGUGGCCUGCGAGAGCAUAGGACGGGUGCUGGCAGAGCGGUGCUUGAAAGCAGGAAUCAAUUUCAUGGUCUACCAACCAACCCCGUGGGAGGCAGCCUCAGACUCGCUGAAGCGCCUAGAACGUGCCAUGACAGAAGGCGGUGUGGUGCUGCGGGAGCCUCGGAGAAUCUACGAAUGAAUCAAGUAUUGCUGUGGAAGUGUGCGUGGAAACGUAUAAAACUAAUAGCUACUACAGCCUUCAACUGAACGCACCUGCUAGCAACCAGAUUGGAAAUCUUGUAGCAGUAACCUCCAGUGGAAGAUUGUUGUCAAGUCAUCCUCUUCCACCUCUAGUGUGUGGUUUUGUUAUUUUAAUCAAGGAUGAAGUUCUUCCCAUUUCCCAUUGGAAAAUACCCAAGGAAAGCAGUCACCACUCACAGGCGGUUUAUAAGUUAUAAAAUAAAGACAUAUUAUGAACUCUU